AUGAAGUGUCUUCUUUUAAUAUAUUUCACAUUAACAUGUUUUAUUUCAAUUAGCGAUUGUAAUCCAAGUUUAUCAUAUUAUGAUGAGUCAUGGAUAUUAUUUAAACGUACUUAUAAUAAAGAAUAUAAUUCAAUUGAUGAUGAAUUAAAUCGACGAAUUAUUUGGGAAAAAAAUGUUAAAAUGAUUGAAAAACAUAAUUUUGAAGCUGAUAGUGGUAUUCAUACAUAUACAAUGAAAGUUAAUCAAUUUGCUGAUCUUACACUUGACGAAUUUGUUAAACAAAUGAAUACAUUGAAAAUAAAUGAUAGAAAACAAGAAAAUAAAAAAUUUGAAAUUCCAUCAAACAUAAAUCUCCCCUCAUCUAUUGAUUGGCGCACAAAAGGUUGGGUGACACCUGUUAAAAAUCAAGGACAAUGUGGUUCUUGUUGGGCUUUUUCAGUAACUGGUUCACUUGAAGGACAAUAUGCGAAAAAAUCUGCAAAACUUAUUUCUUUAUCUGAACAGCAACUUGUUGAUUGUUCAGCAAAAUAUGGAAAUGCUGGUUGUAAUGGUGGAUUUAUGGAUCAAACAUAUCAAUAUAUUAUAGAUAAUCAUGGAAUUGAUUCAGAAGAUAGUUAUCCAUAUGAAGCUUUUGAUCGUCCAUGUCGAUUCAAUAGUACAAAUGUUGUUACAAAUAUUAGUAGUUUUGUUGAUGUUAAAUCUCAAUCAGAAAUGGAUCUUCAAUAUGCAAUUGCAACUGUUGGUCCAGUAGCAGUAGCUAUUGAUGCACAACAUGAUUCAUUUCGAUUUUAUUCAUCUGGUGUUUAUUCUGAACCAGAUUGUUCAUCAACAAAUCUUGAUUUUUCACUUUUAGUUGUUGGCUAUGAUACAACUAAAGAUAAUGUUGAUUAUUAUAUUCUUAAAAGUCAAUGGACAACACAAUGGGGUAAUCAAGGAUAUGUUUGGAUGAGUAGAAAUAAAAAUAAUCAAUGUGGAAUUGCAACUAUGGCUAGUUAUCCACUUAUUUAA